AUGGCCGGACAACAAGACCACUGGGACUCUGGAGAAUACCAAAAUUCUGCUUCAUUUGUGGCCAAGUUGGCCGGCAAAGUUGUAGAAUGGCUUGACCUACAGAAAGAUGAUUCCGUGCUGGACAUUGGAUGUGGUGACGGCAUCCUGGACCUGGAAUUUUCCAAGGUUGUGGCCCAGGGGAAAGGAUCAGUCUACGGCUUCGACAGCUCAGCGGCCAUGAUUGAGGCGGCGCGGAAGCUGUGCUCCGGUACGAACAAUACGACAUUUGCAGUCCUGGACGGUGGUGAGAUCUCAUCAGACCCAUCCCUCCAGAAGGGCACCUUUACCAAGGCCUUCUCCAACGCAGCGAUGCACUGGAUCCUAGCCGCCCCAGCGGCCCGUGAGACCUUCUUCCGGGACGUGCACGCUUCGCUGGUCCCCGGCGGCAUCUUCGCCUUUGAGAUGGGCGGCCUGGGAAACGUGGCCGAGAUGCGCACGGCCAUCCUGAUGGCGGCAGCGCGACGUAUCGGGCUCGACAAGGCGAAAGCAGCGGAACCCUGGUUCUUCCCUGACGAGGAGUGGGUGUCUACCGCCAUGAAGGAGGCCGGAUUCCGCGUCGACCGCGUGGAAAGGGAGUGGCGUCCGACCAAGGCCGACAAGGGCGGCGUGGAGGGGUGGGUGAGGCUGUUUGGGAAGAUUGUCCUCGAGCAGUUGGAUGAGAAGGAUAGGGAGGAUGUUGUCCGUGAGGCGGCGGAUGUGCUCAGGGUGGUGUGCAAGAUGCCCGGGGACGGAGAGAUGAUUAGCUAUGUCAGACUCAGGGCUGUGGGGACAAAGAUCUAA